AUGAGAAACGCAACACGCACAUCCGAUCGUGGGCAUCUGCGACAUCGAAACGAACCCGGGCGUUUCUUCGGCGAUGGUGUAAGCUUCAAGGCCAAACUCAUCGGCAUCCUAGAAGUCGGCGAAGCCCGAGGAGACCGGAUGUGCCAGGAGGCACUGCAGGACCUCAAAAUGGCAAUACGCGCCGCAGGAGAACACAAGCAACGCAUCACGAUACACGUCACGAUCGAUGGUUUACGAUUGAGAGACGAAAAAACUGGCGAUUCUCUCUAUCACCAUCCCGUGCAUAAGAUAUCGUUCAUCGCCCAGGACAUGACGGAUUCGCGUGCAUUUGGCUAUAUUUUUGGUUCCCCCGAUAGUGGGCAUCGGUUUUUCGGCAUCAAAACCGACAAAGCCGCCAGCCAGGUGGUGCUGGCAAUGCGCGACCUGUUUCAGGUCGUGUUUGAGCUGAAGAAAAAAGAGAUUGAGCUGGCCCGGCAGCACAUUCAGAGUAAAAUCACAGCCCACGAACAUCAGGCCGUGUCCGCAUCGUUGGUAGCGAAGAGCAACACCACACUGGAUAGCUCAGGAGGAGCAGGAGCGGGUAGUAGCAGCUCGAGCUAUGGAAAGAAUCAUUCUAGUGAAGCGGGUGCGUUAGUGGGAGCACUGGGUGGAUCGUCGAUUGUGGGCACAAGCAGUAGCAUUAAGAUGACCGCAGGGAAGAGUGAAAAAUCGCCCGAAUCGGUGGCCGAUCUGGUGGACCUCGAGCAAGAAUUAAGCUGUAUUCAACGAGGCAUAACGCAGAUGGAACGCAUCACGCCUAGUGAGGGACCGGGGAAAAGUGUUUUGGACGAUGAUCCGUUUGGUGAUUCGUUUGCCAAUAUUCCGCCGUCCUACAAUCUUCUACCACCACCAGAGUCAAGCAAACGACAUCAGAAACAAACGCACCGUUCGACUGAAAACUUGCCAACGAUGGAAUCGAGUCCUGCAGUUUCCUCAACACCUCCUCCAAUGCCAGCACCACCCAUUCCAACACAACCAAGCGCUUCUAGUGGUGAUGCUGCAACGGCGACAUCACAUUCUUCUACUGCUAGUCGUAGCAAUAACAAUCCACCGCCAUCGCAGGUUGUCGGUGGAAGCACAUUGACUAGUAGCAACUCGGUACAGAACGAUGAUUGGCUAAAUUCCCCGCCAAAUACGUCACGCUUCGAUCCGGAACCGGCACGUUAUUCAGACGAACCAAAGAACUCUGACGACACGGGAAAGGCUCCACAGUCGAGCGGUGCGGCACAACCUUCGUCGUAUACGGACGUUUUUACGGAUCUAGACCCGCUGGGAACGGGCAAAAUAAAGCCAUACAUCGACAAGAAAUACUUCUUCCAAGAGCUCAAGAAUCCACCAAAAAAGGUGUUAAAAGAUCUGUCCGGAAAGGAAAGCACGUUCAAUGCAAAUUUUGCACUGGAAGAUCAAGCGUCCUCGCAGAUGCUGCAGCAAAGCCUGGCCGGAGGAUCAGCAACGUUAAAUGCAAGUAACAUUUCCACCCUUGCCAGCGGUAGUGGUGAUCUGUUUAAGGCCAGCUUUGACGAGGCACAAUCGAUGAAGAAUAAUAACGGCGGUGAAUCUACAACAAGUGGAAGCGAUGUGGGAAUAUCUGGCGGCGGCGGCGGCAGUAACAAUAACAUGCCACUCAUCGAGUCACUAGUUGGAAGUGGAUCAACUAAAGGUUCGGUUGAUCCGUUUAUGGAAGAUGAUGAUUUUUCGAAACUUCAACUUGAUCCUUUCGAGGUGCACUUUUCUCGAAACGCGUCACCACGCAAUGCGGGAGGAGGUGGCGCCCAGCAGGAAGGAAUGAGACCAUCCGACACGGAGGAAACUUCACACAAAUCCUCCGCAGAGGAUAAGGAUGCCUCAGUUUACAAUGGGCCGCUACAGGUAAACCUGCCGCCUGAAUCAUGGGCUAGCUACAUUAGCCAGAAGCGUCUUGAACGUCAAACUUCCGAAGCGAAUGCUGCCCAGUCACAAACCGGUGGACCGAACGCGCAUCGUAACAGGCCGGCGGCCAGCAGUGUGUUCAAGCAGAACACCGUCGACGUGAUCUCUAGUCUAAGCUCCAGCUCCAAAAAGAUGAAACCGAACCUGUUUGGACAAAAGUUUUCGAAACGCGACUCAAACAGCAUAAAUAUGCGUCGACUGCAGGAAAGUGAUUCGCUGAGUGAAACGGAAAUGGCACCGGAGCCACCGCCCCGUCCCGAUUCUGGCUCGCACAUUGAACCACCACCGUUGCCUCCGAAGAAGCAAUUUGCUGACAUUGUCAUCCGACCGUCACUGAGAUCAUCUCAUGCUACCGGAAGCAGUGCUGGAUCAUGCACUGUAUCCGGUCAUGGGCCCAGGGAGCGAUAUGACUACGUUGGUUCCAAAUACGACAGCAAUCGAUCGCCAUCGAGUGGUGGGCCCGGAUCAGAUGCUCCACCGUUGCCGCUACCAUCGCGCAAGGUUGGUCGUACAGCGGGCGAAACUGUUGGUCCCGGACGUCCUCAGAAAAAAUGCACCGAUGACGAUGACUAUCUGGCACCGAUCGGGAAGGUGGACAUACCGACGUUACUGCCACCGCCACAACGCAAGGACGCUUCGAAAACGACACGCAUCACCAGAAAGCAAUCGGAAACGGAUCCUCGCAAUCUCGACGAACCAACGCCUCCACCAACAUCGAAAUCACCGUCCGGUAGUGGAGUGGGACACUUUUCGAAGGAACUCGACCACCAUCAGCAAACGACGUCCUCGUCCGCUUCGUUCCUACCCGACAUUACGCUCAGUCAAUUACUAACGCUCGGCAUCGAUGAGCUGGCCACGAAGUUGAACGUCCCCGUGUCCAAGCUGAGCACGAUGACGCUCGUCGAGCUGACCACGUACCUGUCGGAGUUUAUCGAAAAUAGCAAGUACUCUGCAGCACCACCGCCGCCCUCAGCAGCACCAUCGUGGGCCACAAGCAGCAGCAUCAGCCAGGACAAUACGGCUGGGCUGGAUGGAAGUAUCAGUGAAUCGCCCGUAUUUAAGGUGAAUUUUGAUGAUGCGAAUGAUGCCAUGUUUGUGGCCAAGUUUGAUGACAAUUUUGGUGAAGAGGAACGUCCACGCAGUGGCUCAACGGCGGGCGAUAGCGGAAGAACAGGUUCUGGAACGUUUGUGGCAAACUUCGAUAACAUGAAUCUGCAUCCUUCAUCUUCCGGUAGCAAUGCAUCUCACUCGCCAAAACCGGUUAUAGAUAAGUAUGCAGUAUUCCGAGAAAUAAUUGAACAAGAAAUUGGUCCAGACGGAACAACAAGCGAUUCGGGACAAACCGAUCAUGACCAGGAGCAACAACGAUCCGGACAGAGUGAACGUGCCGAUUCGCUUGAUUUGCAAAAGGAAGUGGCCUCGGAAAUGAGUCGUCUUUCACCGGCAUUCAUCGGUGGUGAUGGUGGUAUGGUGGGUUCCUCGCCAUUACCUACGCUUGGAUCACAUUCCUUUGGAGGAUCUUCCGCCAGUCCCCUAGCUACCGGACCACCUUUGACAAAGAUCGAUACAAAAAUUACGCAGGUAAUUUCCCAGGCGAAGGAUCGCUAUGCUGCAUUGCGGGACAUCAUUUUGGUAGAAGAUCUGUUCGAAAAGCCCCCCCAAACCGCACAAGCUCCGAUGGCCCGAAUGGAAUCAUCCUCGUUCGAAGAUCGUGAGCUAGACGAUGAUGCCAAGUUUGAGGCCAACUUUGACGAUAUGGAAUCGGCGGUACAGCAGCAAGAAACGACCUCGCCAGAGAUCAAUAUUUCCGAUGCCGAUAUGAACGAGGAUGAGUUGCAGCAGCAGGCACAGGGUCAGGGAGACUUGCACGGCGGUGACGGAGGUUCGUUCCGUAGCGCAACAACUCCACGCGAAGAUCUAGAAAUCGACGAACUGAUGCAGAAGGCGGUUUCGAAUCUGUCCCUGCACAGCAACGACCAACUGUCACCGGCGCCAUCUGGAACCAACGCACAGUCGGGACUGGCGGUGAAAGGAAGUCCACUGUUGCAGCACACUUCGACCUCACCUUACCGGCCUACCAACAUGUCCACUUCCACCACGUUACUGAACGAUAUGAUCGCACCGAAAAAUAAAUCUCCAACUAGCGGCGGCAGCAGCACCAUGGUUCAGUACGAAACUCUCUCCCUAGGACAUAACGCACAAUCGGGUCGUGGGGUCGGAGGUUUGAGCGACAUGAGUACAUCACCCAUUCCACCAUUAGGUUCCAAGUCAUCCGGAAUGGCCAAGAGCCCCAUCCUAAAACCAUCACCAAUGUCUCGGAGAAGCGAUGAUGGUGUUAGAAGUAAACCAACACCGGCUCCACGUGGUCAAUCGUCGAGCGAUAAGCGUUCGUCCGGUUCGAUGAGUGAUGGUGAUGGUGAGUCCUCGCCGGAAGGAGAUAACAACGAAGAGGGCAAACUGUCUCGCAUGACUCCUACCAAUGCCAACGAAUCGUGGGCGGUAUUUGAUCAGCCAGAGCCACCGUCACAUCACCCUUCCAAAAGACAAGAUUUGCGCCAUGAUCCUGUACGAGGAGAUGGUGGAAGAAGAAGUGGCGAUAAAAAUGGACCUGAGUCACCUUGUUCCUCCGACCCAAAGGACGAAUGGACAAAAGCAGAUCUGCGCGAAUAUGGACGUCGAUGGCCGUCCAAAGGGCAUACCUCAUCAUCGUCACGAGACGUUAGUCCGUGGGAUGAGGAAGGUCCUGACUAUCGCAAACGCUCCUCGAUGCAUCCGUCCGGGGGUGAUCCGUCGAUGCGUCAUCACCAUCCUACCUCGGGCGAACGGUAUCAUCAUCCGCGUAUGCCGCCGCGACGUAUCAAUUCGAACGACGAAGACUACGAGGACGAGAUCGUGAAGGAUCAGCGUGGUCAGCAGCGUCGUCGCAUGAAAAGUGGGGUCGGUUCGCGAAGCCGCGACAAUUUCGAGGAUGAACACUGGUAUCACGAUCAUCACGUCGGCCCAACGUGGUCUUCACCGACGGAGGAUGAAGACACGCGAGGCCCACCGGGUGGUGAGCGUGGAUCGCGAUCGUUCGAUCGGAACGCUUAUGAACGCAGCACGUAUGGACCACCGUACGAGAAGCGGGAACCGAAAAGCUUACCACCAGCGUACGAUCGUAGGGAUUACAAGGGCUACGACAAGCGGAAGUAUUAUCGGGAAAGAGAACCAUCGCGCGGAGGCAGUGGUGGUGGUGGUCGAUACGAUUACGAUCCAUACGCUGGCGAAGGUGGUUACGGUGGCAGAAGGCCAGAUUACGAUGAUGGUAUGUACGAACGGCCGAGCCGGGAUUCGCGGGCAGCUCGGGAAUAUUUCUACGAACGCGAACGGAAGAGCUUCGACCGCGAGAGCAAUGAGUCGUACGACAGUCGUGAACGGCAGCGUAGCUUCGGUAGUGGCGAUAUCUAUGGUAGUCUGGACAGUCGAGCGGAAUAUCGCGAAAGAGAUCGAUACUUAUCGCUGGACAAAAGUCGCUCGCUGCGACGUGGCCUACGCAACGCUGGCAGUGCCCGGUUAGAUCAGGACCUAGAUCAGGAUUCCGAGGGUGACCUAAUGGGUGGUAUGACGAUGGGUGGUGGACGAUCGGGUCUGCGCGAUGUCGGAGGCAACAGUUUACAUCGUUCUAGUCAAAACAUUGGACGUGGAAGCAAACAACAACAGCAGCAGCAGAUGAUGAUGAUGCUAGACGAUGACGUUUGGGGGGUUUCUAAGGGAGGAGUCGGUUCAGCGGCUACCAUGCCGUGGAAGAGGCCCUCGAGCGCAACGGAGCAGCAGGAGCAGCGACGGUACAACGAAACCGGACGAAGCGGACGUGGAAUGGUACCGGUCGGUGGUCCCGGAUCGGAUGGUGAAAAAGAUCGAAGGUUUCGCAAGAAGAGUCGAACGCGGGCCGAACGGAAAGAAAUGGAGAUGCGUUCGAACUACGCGACGAUGCGAUACCCGGUGCGUUCCAAGGAGGAUUACUUCGACUUUGAUGCACCCGAAGGCGGCCGCGUCGGUGCAGGCGUAGACGAUGAUGACGAGGAGGAUGAUGAAGACGAUGUCCCGGGGGGUAAGAACAUUCUGGACGAGCCGUUGGACGAUAGUCCAGCGUACUACGGUGGUCGUAGACAGCCUCAGGCAGGACCAAUGCCAGCAUCAACCGGAUACUACGGUAAAUCAUCCACACCGCGACAGGAAGGACGCAGCAUGAACGAUGCGCUUAUCGCACAAGAAGCGAAGAAGAUGGCGCGCUAUGAGUACGAAGAGGAAGCCCUCAGGCGCAUGAAGAAAAGCAAUAGUCGAGAUCUGUACUUUGAAGCUGGCCGGGGAGAAGGUGGAGGAUAUGGUAGUGUGACUCCACCGAAGGGCAACAUUCAGAAGCAACAUUCACACAACGCGCCUCAGAGUUCCGGCAGCCGCCAACUGGACUUUGAGUUCGAUGAGUUCGCUGACCCAUCUGGACCACCUGUCGGUGGGGAUGGGUUCGAGAGUGAUUUUAACUCCCCCCCAAUCGGAGGUGCCGGGACGGGGGGACCUAUUACCGGUGGGAGAGGUGAAGGGCAGAAGUCAUAUCGUUUUUCGAGCGAUUUCUCCAAUGAUAAGGAACGUGGCCAUUACACACACGAACCUCCAGGAGGAUAUCAUCGCCAGCAGCACUACAAGAAUCAUCCGGGUGGAGGCAACUACGCUGAUUCGAGUGAUUAUCCACAACACUCACAAUCAUUGCAGCAGGCUCCGUCAUCAUCGACACCUCCACCGGCAUCUUCCUCAUCCGGGCAUCAGCACCAUCGGGAGCAGUCCAGCAGUGGUUCGAAGCUGCGCUUCAAUGAAAAUGUCACCGUGUCGAAGUUUGAUGCAGAGGCAACGACCAUGUUCGAGGAUGACUUUGCUGGACGCUCCGAUGCGGAACAGGAUCCCGAAGAUGGGCCGGUGCACGGUCAACAGCAAGGUUGGUCUUCGGCAAGCAUCGCAACCAGUCCGGCUCCACCAGCAGCGACAAGCAAUAAUGGUAGUAACAAAAAGAUAUUAAAAACCUCUAGUCAAGCAGGGCACCAUCAGCAGCAGCAGCAGCAGCAGCAACAGCUGUUCAACCAGGAUAAUAUACGCAAAUCGGACAGUAUUAACAUUUUUGCCAAAAAGGUCGACGAUCCGUUUGAGGAUGAUGAUUUCUUCUCCUCCGGUGGUGGCCGUGCAGAUCCGUUCGGUGGCAAUGGCGGUCCCGAUGCUGUCGGGCACGGAGCGGGCAGCGGAGCAGGAGCCACCGGAACCGGUCCGACCGGGUGGGACAAGAACUUUGCAAAUUUUGACGAUAACAUCUGAUUACUCGGUAGCCUGAUGAUCGAGAGCAACUUCCUCAGUCGCCAGCUGAGCCGAAGUUUGAGUGCCCGUCAGCAGUAUCAGUACUGUUGCCAACAGGACGAACAUCAGCGCUACUCACUGGCUAAGGACAUACGGAAGCUUUACAUGCGCAUCAAGCACUGCAACCGGUAUCAGGUGUUUGUUUAAAUGUUGAAGAAAAAACCCAAUUCGUCAGUACAGUCAAUGUGUGGAUUAGUUUGUGUUUUUAUUUGUCAGCACCUAGUAAUGUGCACCUCCGUUAUGUUGGCGAGAUUGGCAUCAAUAGCGUAGGAGCAUUCUCAAUGUAGUAAUUCGGGGGUAGAAGUAAACACCGAAAACAACAUUGAUGGAAGACAACAUAUAGAACUCCAUGACUCCUGUCCACGGCUGACCGAAGUCUUCUCAUUUGCCUUCGAUUGUUCAUAUCGUAAUAUGACACCUCGGCUACCCAAUCCGUUAAGUGUUUUGCAGGGCGUUCAGAUAAGUCAAGAUUACUCAGCUCAGAUCACUCAUGUCGUUCUAGUGUCUGAUAAGUAAGUAAAUUAAGCUUUAACCCUUCACGCAAUCUUUUCCGCUCAUCUUUCCCAGUGCGUUAGGUAUUGGCGGGCGGCUAGAGCUGUCGUUUAAUGUUGAGAUUUUUAAUGCUAGUAAUUGGUGUAAAGUUAUUUAACGUUACAUUUCGGUAUACUUUUAGAGCCUGCUAGCUUUAUGUCACAAUCACAAUGCAUUCAUAUCAACACAUUUGGUCAAACAUUUUAGUUUCUUACUGCUAGUUAACUUAAAUAAUCUGAUGCGUGUGCGUUCAUGGCUGAAGAUUUCAGAUGGAAUAGUUAAUGCAGGUUGAGAAGGUGUAAAAAGAAUGGCUGUUGUUGCUGCUUUGUUUCGUGUGCCCCUGGUAACUGGUACCGUAAGAAACACACAGAAAAGGCGAAAGAAGGUUCGAAACGUACGCUAACUGCACAAGCAACUAACGAAGCAACUAAUGAAUGGAUGCGGAACGGGGUGUUACGUACGGAAGUUUGUCCUUUUAAUCCACAUUUCCCGUAUUUAAAAUUGUAGCCAAUCCAAAUUUUCGCCAUAAAUGCAUAAACUGAAACCGGGGAAAAGCAAGGAACUGUGAAAAGGACGUGAAACUCAACACCGGGAGAAGGAUUACACGCUUACAUACACACACAAAAAUUAUUAUCUGCUCAUUCCUCUCUUUCCAUAUACUAUUCUAACGAAAAUGUAAACUUCUAAGCCCGCAGUGAUCCCUAGAUGCCACACCGGCCACUUAUGGGGUCGAUGGUAGAAGCAGAAUGGAGGCGCAAUAUUAGACAUAUACUCACACUGAUGAUGGAUGAGUUGGAGAUGUGUACUUCAAUCUUAAGGCAGCUAAUACAACAAUAUCAGGAUUUGGGUGGCGCCAGGGCUUAGUUUUCUGUUUAUUUCCCCCUACAGACAAACAGACGAUUUCACGAUCUUGUUGUGCGUAUUUAGGUUUUGAGGCUCAGUGGGCAAACCCACCCUACCCUCCCUUCCUCAUACACCCUUCUGUUAGCCGUACGUUGUGUUAGGGCUGGGAAUGAUCAAGGCAUAACCACAGACAAGCACCCGCAAACAUGCCAAUAUGCAAGCAUUAGGUUAGCAAUAAUAUUAUGGACGUUGGUGAACACCACGCGCGGCAUAAAAGGGAAAGCGUGCGUGCAGCUGCAAUAUGUAGGCCCGCUGGUUGCAUUCAUUUGAAACGGUUAUAAUUAGGAGAAAGAAGCUAGUAAGUUGAUAAAACAAAUUUUUAGAUUAAUACUAAUUAAUCCACCCCGACAUUGCCGAGGCACAGGUAUACAAAUACACACACAAAACAGACACAGGAAUCGAAGGAACCACACUUUAACAGUGUGGUGUUUAGAUAUUAUUAACGAAAAUUAUUCAACGCAAAAGAAAAACAGGGCAACUCCGCGGAUGUUCCAAGACGGGAACGAACCGCCGGCUGCAGUGAUGCAAGGAAAGUGAGCUUUACAGCUUUUUUGUUUUUUUGAAAACGGAACUCUACCAUUGGAUAUUGGCAGUCACUUACUGAACCGAGUUCGUGCGCUGUUACUUUGUAGCAAUGCGUUUCGCUUAUGAUAUGUUUGAAUAUGUAAUAUACCGUACACCGAAUUGCUUUUGAGCAGCUAACGAAGAGGCAAUCCCAGAAAAAACAUACUCGAACUAAACACUUUCUCGCGCUCGCUCCCCUUUACUUCUUGGCAAUCGAUAUUAGAUGUGGAAAAAGGAAAAGGGUAAAGCAAAAUGGCCAUCUGAUCGGGAAUGGGUAAAUAAGGUAGUAGAAAGCAAGAAACCAAUCAGCAAAACAAUCGAAAAACACCACGAACAAUUCAACAAUAUUCACACAAAUCGACGCGAUAGAAGAUGAAAACUCAGAUGAACAAAAUAGAACAAAAACAACUAAAGAAAGAAGAAAAAACAACAGGAACAAGAUAAACAUUAAGCAUUAAUAUUAAUGGAACAAACAAUUACUCAGACACGUACAGAAUGGAGAUUAAAAAACUAUAUAGCAACAAAACAACAACAAGAAAACAGUAGAGUUGGUAAAUGCAGAAUUGUUGAUAUUAACCCACCCUUCCCUCCUCAACAAACAAACAGGAAAUAUGAAAUAAAUGGAAAACAGCAUACAGAGAAAAUGAACAUUUGAGUACGGUAGCAACCAGGAAAAACAGAAAAACUAAUAAAAAUCAAAUUAAACGAACAAUUUCAUGAGAUAUGCAUGUGUAGCGUUUUGGGGGCACAUUUGUUCUCAAUUGUUUUCUUCUGUUGCGCGAAUAGGCAGCGCGUGAGUGAAUACAUUGUGUGUAGAUGUGUUUUCGUUUUCUCUCAAUCUCUUUCUCUUUCUCUCUUGAAUAAAUAGUGUUGAAAUUGUUGUGAAACUUUGUCACAUUGGGCAAAUGGCAAGCCGGAACAAACGAGAAAUGUUACUUUGCGAAAUGUUAAAAAUAAAUCAAACAAAACACCUUUAAAGCAUUGCUAACCGAAACAAAAACGGUACGUGAAGGCGAGAAACCCGAGAGAUGAAAAAUAGCAGAUCGAACAACAGGGAGCGGGCAAGUGAGUGAACAAGAAUGAGGAUAACAAACACAAA